UAAGAACAAUGGGUAUUAUUCUAUGCGGUCCACUUUAUUAAAUUUGUAAUAUAUUUAGGUAUUUUUUCAAAUGUUUUCUAUUUUGGCAUGGUCCGACAUUAAUGUUUAGAUUUUAUUAAAAAACUUAUAGGUACCUAUAGUACCUAUUACCCGAAUUUAAAGUAAUGUGGAGUUAUUUUAACCAUCCAUGAGUUGGUAUAGUGGCAUAAAUAUUUUAGGCAAUCUCAACCCCGAAUCAUGUCUAUAAGUAACGGCUUAAGGCGUCGAAACACGGCUAGCACUGAACGUGACCGUGAAGGUGUCCGCAUCAAUGUACGGCGACGGCGGGAAGGUGCCCGCAUAUACGUACGCCGAACCGUCAUCCGUCAUCGAGAUCGCCGUAGAAGUGCGUUUCCACCUGAGAGGAUAAUGCUACCAAGUCUGAGGGUUACAUCAGAGGGAACGGAUACUAUAAGCCUUAAUAUACCCGUCAGGAGGUCGCGACAAGGUCGAAGGAAUAGUGAGAUGACUCAAAACGUUGGCUUUAAUUUAUCCGUCGCUGUAUCGCUAAUGCCUGACGCCAUUGUCAGGAGACCGGUAGCAAGAGCGCGGUCCGCCGCGGCCCGUACCCGUUUCUCAUACCAACCCAGAGUCGGACCUGAAGGCGAUAUUUCUAACCGGAACACUACUGUGCGACACCAAGAACAUCGGCGGUGGCUUCAACCAAAUUAUUUUAGGAAUGCGAAUCGAAUGGUAAGAUACAAUCGCAAUGGUAUUUUUGGGAGAGUCCGCGGUCACGAUGAAAGACAGCAAUUCGUCGAGAAUUUUCAAUUCCCGCGUGGUCACAGCUACAGAUGGGGCAGGAAUCCACGUAACAGGCAACACCAGCCAUUGCGUCGUCCUAGGAACCUUCAAGGAGUACGCAAAGCGAAUCGGCCUGGACGACCCUUCACACUACCUCCUUCUAUCUAGUUUCUCAAAAAUUUGUAGUUAGUGUCUUAAAUUAUCAAAACAAUACACAUUUUAUAUUUUUAAUCA